AUGUGGCGUGAAAUGUGCAGUAAAACCAUGCAUUUCAGCAUUAUAGCCCUCGACGCUGAAGGUGUUUUCAAAGAAUCAGAUUGGAUUGGAGUCCAGAAAAACUACCAAGAUGUACCACCCGAGGUGUCGGACGCCUGCAACGCUGUACUGCAAGUUCCGGAGUCACAAUCCCAACGACUAUUCCCUUCUUAUGAGCUCCCAGUCAAAAAGACCGCGGCCAAAAAUGGCAGGCAUGAGCCCGCGGACGUCACAAGCAACAUCGCCGCCCUUUCGAAGAUCGUUCUACAAGUUUUCGAGCACAGCGGUCACGGUGCCCAGUUCCGCUCCAUUCCGGAGGUCACCGCAUUGCUUCAAUUACACCAAUACGUCCUGCUGCCACCAACAAGUUUUCUGACACUUCUGAAUACCCAACCGUUGAAAGUCAACAAUAGUGGAUUUGAACUCUCUCCCGUCGAUAUGGUACUCUUCAAUGACUUGAAAAAGGGGAAGGAACAGCUCAGAAAGGCAAUGAAGGCCUUUAGGAAGCGCCAAAAGGCCGAGGACAUCCUCUGGAGGCCAGAUACUGGAUUCCGGACAAAGUUGGGCCCUAAAUACGGCUAG